AUGUCUCUGAAUAUGAAGACCCUCACCCAGGCGCUGGCGAAGACGGCGGCGGUGAUCGAGAAGACGGUGCAGACCACUGUGCAGGAGGUCACGGGUCCCCGGCCCCUCCAGGACUACGAUCUGCUGGAACAGGUCGGAUCUGGGGGCCCGGCGUUGGUGUGGAAGCUCUACUCUGCGCGUCCUCGGUCGUCGGCGCCGUCCACGCAGUAUCCCCUCGUCUCUGUGUGGGUCCUUGAUAAGCGGGCGCUGUCGGAGGCCAGGACGCGCGCUGGGCUGUCCAAGGCGGCGGAGGACUCAUUCUUAGAUAUCAUUCGGGCGGAUGCGGCUAGGCUUGUGAGGCUCCGGCAUCCCGGAGUGGUCCAUGUGGUGCAGGCGCUGGAUGAGAGCAAGAAUGCCAUGGCCAUGGUCACGGAGCCUCUUUUUGCUUCUGCGGCGAAUGCCCUCGGGAAUGUGGAAAACGUGCCCAAUGUUCCCAAGGAGCUAAAGGGGAUGGUAAUUCUCUCCCCUCCUCACCUCCCCCCCCCCCCUUCUUCUUUCUCUCUCUACCUUGAAGUCGGGCAUUCGUACAAUACUGAUGCCUAGGUAUCAUAAUUUUCAGUAACACUGCAAAAUUCGAGAGAUCUUUUCGGAUAACUGUCAUUUACAAAGGGUUUAUGGUCUAGGAGAUGGUCAACGUGGGUCACGAUAGCAGACGUCUGGAGGAUGAAACAUUUAUAGUUGUAUCUUUUGCUUACCUGCACUAUUUGGAACUUUGAUCAUGGACGGGGAACAUUUCCUUGAUAGUGUGAUGAUUCUGAUCUGCUGCUCUUUUGGAGGGAUCUUUGGAAACAAUUAACUUAGGGGUUCUCCUGGAUAAAUUGAUGUCUUCUGCUGAAAAGGGUCCGCUGCCGCGUUUGGCUGAGCCAUUGAAGCAAUCCGCCAUAAUCCAAGUUAAAAAAUAUUCAAUAUGCCUUCUAGUGGCGCAUUCCUCUUUGAAUAUUUUUCGAGUUUGGUAAUGAGCCACAUUUGUGGGAGGUUUUAAACAAAAAUCUCAUGCUUGAUGAAAGGCUGCCAAAAUUAAGCUCAUUUCUCUUUCACUAAUCUGUCUCAGGUGGAUUUAAAAUGAAACCAAGGUUUUCCAUGCCAAAAUCUCUUGUGUUGUCUUACAGUUAGCAUCAGCUUUCGAAGUUUCCAUUUGGAGAAUUACUACUUGAAUCGUCAUUAAUAUGUAGCAAAAAUAUGCUAUUUUUUAUAUUCUUUUGUACUUUCAGUUGAUCAACCACCAACUUUUCGUGUCGAAAUGAUAUCGCCUGGUUCUUAAAAUUCCCAACUGAAUGCCUAAAUGAGUAAAUCUGCGUGGAUUUCAUUGCAAGUCUUGAUGACUGAAGCAAUAGUGUUGUGACUUUGGAUGUAAAAUGUCUCGGUGUAAAUGCCUGCAUCAUGUUUUACGGAGACAUUCAACGAGCGGAAGUCUUAAGUUUCAUGUGACGAAUUUUUGACUUGAUAUAAACCAGAUAGCACCUAAAAGCAUCUGCUUAUACUCCAUUCUACCUCUGGUAAGUAGGAGGGCUACCAACGAGAGAGCCAGUGGUCAGAAAAAUGACUCUGGCUCUCUAUGGAGAGUUAACUUCGUGGUUGUUUAUCAUUUUCCUUGUGUCAUGAACAAGAUGACAAUGAUGAUGACUGAGUCAAUUAUACUGUUUUUCACGACAAUGGAAAAAUAUUCUACUUGAUGGAUACCAAAUUGAAUACGCAAAAGAUCCUCAACCUUCUUCUUCUUAUUAAUUUUGAAGUACCCAACGUGGCUUGCAGGAAAUGGGAUUAUUGGAGGUCAAGCAUGGGCUUCUGCAGGUCGCAGAAACCUUAGAUUUUCUGCACAAUAAUGCUCAUUUGGUUCACCGAUCUAUAUCACCUGAGGUGAAGCUCUUUACUAAUUUGUAUCGAGGGGUUUAAUUUAACAUUUCGGUGGAAAUGACUUCAUCUUUUUUAACUGCUAUUGUUUUACAACCAAUUUUUUUUUAUUUUCAUUCUUUUUUAGAAAUAAUGCUACCUUUAGAUCUUUGUAGACUUUCUUCGUCUUUCUUAUUUUUCUGCUUCAUUUGAUGCAGUUUUUUAUGAACAUUGCAAUUUUAUUAAAAUAUUUCUUGGCCAAUCACAUCGUUUGUUAGUGAUACAUAUUGGAGUGUCAUACAGUUCCUAACGCGCAUCUAACAUAUGCUCCUCUUUACAUCUGUUACUUCCACUCUUUAAGCAUUGAGUUUCAAGCAAGUAUCUUCAAAGAUACGCACUUGCCCUGGGACCAGACUUGCACUUUUAUCUUUGACUGUACAUUUACAUUCAUUUUUCUUGCAGAAUUUUUAAUGAAAAUAUGGUAGUUCAACCCCCUUCUUCCCCUUCCCUCCUCUCUGGGAGAGAUGGAAUCAAGGGGAUAUUAGAUUCCCACAAUUAUUUCCUCCAGUCUCUCAAUCUGUUGAAUUCCCACUGAUGUGUCUUGGAGCACUGCCUGCCAAUUAUUUAUUUUCAUUCCAGAAAGGACGAUUUAGGGUUGAAUUUGACUACGCUUUCUGUUAUUUAUUUCUUGCCGAUGACCCGACCCUGUUGCAACUGUCAUCGAGCAUGCAUUAUCAUCUUCCGUCAGUGGGUCGUUUUCUGGUCAGUGUACUGCUCUUCUUCACCAUGACUCCUCUAAAAUAUGCUAUUAAGUUUAUAAAUUGCAUUCACUAUUUUAACCAAUCUGUGUCCUCAUCAGUAUAUGUUUCUGGUUCACUGAACCUCUUCUUUUUUUUUUCAGUUGGAAGUUUUUUUGAGAAUUAGAUUUUUACAACGAAUGCGUCAACAUCUUUUUAUGUAAUCAUGAAUGGCGUACAUGCGUCAACACACAUUCUUUCUUUUCUUUUGAGGGUAGAAAUACUGGCAACGCCUACUUUCAUAAGGAAAACCAUCAAUAUUGUGUUUAUUUGCCCCUUUUUUUAUUGUCCAAUUUUUUUUUCUGUUACGGUACAGAGUUUUUUUGGUAAUGAAGAACAUCUGUUAUCUAUUUCAUAUAUUGUUGAAAGUUCUUACCAUAUGUUUUCUUUCAUCAGGCAGUGUUUAUUACUUCAACUGGAGCAUGGAAACUAGGAGGAUUUGGUUUUGCAGUCUCCAUUGAACAAGCCUCCGGUGACUCUAAUGGUUUAGCACCAUUUCAUUAUCCGGUUAGUUCGAUUUGAUCAUAGAAAAGGCUUUGAUUCUACAUUUUUACUGCGUUCUGUGUUGAGUUUUUUCCAGAUGACUGUUGGAUUAUUUUCCAUUACGAUAUUAUUUUUUAGCCCUUAGUUAUUAUCUAUUUUUUAAUGAUUUUAGGAAUUUUGGUUCCACACUUUGGUUCCACUGUUCAGUUGUGAUCUUCUAUACCCAUUAUUCAGACAUACCAGAAAAAAAGGAGCGAUGAAAAUUUGCAACUAAUCAUUUAGAUUAACAGUCUCCUGUUUGCUUUCACAGGAAUAUGAUGUUGAGGAUGCUGUUUUACCUCUACAGCCUUCCUUAAAUUACACUGCCCCUGAAUUGGUUCGGAGCAAAGCACUUUCAGCUGUGUGUGCUUCUGACAUGUUCAGUUUUGGAUGCCUCGCUUACCAUCUAGUUGCCCACAAGUCUUUAUUAAAUUGCCAUAACAACGUUAAGAUGGUAUGUAUAUCCACUUCAACCCAUGCACUUUUAUCAUAGGCAUCCUAUAGCAUUUCUUUUACUAAUCCAUGAAAGGUGUGUGGUUAUUUUUUAUUCUAUCUCCUGUUGGAUGAUCCCGUUGCUUCCCUCGUCGUCAUUUUUUUUUUCAAUGAUGGAAUGUAUUCAGUAUCCUAGUAGAUGUUUUUCAACAACACUGAAAAGAUGUUAAACACAUGCUGGCUUCACAUUUGCUGAUUUCCUCCAAGUUGUAGAGAUAAGAAUUUCAAGCUAGAAGGGCUUGCUACAUCAAUAAACAGCUGAAAUACUACAUAUUACGUCAUCCCCUUGACCAGCUAUGGAUUUCUAACUUCAACCCAGGGAUUUUUGCCUUCACUUCAUCCUACAUAAUAACUGGUGAAAUGUCUGCGUGUAAAUACUCUCUAUAAAUCCUAUGAAACGCAUGCUAUUCCUUCUAGAUUGUAAUGGUAUACAUUCGGGUUCAAACGCAAGCUUCUCAUAUUCAAUUAUUUCUGAUACCCAGCACCCUAUCCCCUUCACUAUGAUAAUGAAUCUUCCCUCCUCAUGACUUGACAGUACGCUGUGUUGCUACUGACAGCAUUUUCCAACUGAGCAGUCCAUUUUUUUUGUUGUCUUUGCAGUACAUGAAUAUGCUGACGUACUCAUUACACGAGUCAUUUUCAGUUAUACCACCAGACCUUGUCACAGAUUUACGCCGCAUGCUGUCCUUAGAUGAAACUUUAAGGCCAAGUGCCCUGGAUUUCACAGGUAAUGACUGGAUUGUUCUGGUAAAAUUUAUUUUAGAUAUUCCGCUUGGAUUUAAUCCUUCUUAAUGGUGGGCGUUUUCCCUUUGUACUGGUGCAUGCUUUAUUCAUUUUUUGAAUUAUGAGGAAAAUGUAAAAAUAAGCAUCUUUUAGAUUGCUAAUCAUUCAUAGUCUUAGCAAUGACUAUACAUGACAUUGUUAUGAUAUUGUGUUCAGCAGUCGUGAAUCCUUCUCUCUAUCAAACAAUAAUAUGCCCAUUUCCAGGACAAUUUCUGGGCUUCGAGUUCCUCACACAUGUAGGAAUACUGAAUGUGAUGUAGAUAGAGCCGUCCAGGGCUCCUGACCAAGGAAUGCCAGCAACACAAUAGAUGAUUCUGAUGAGUUUAGGCCUCGUUAACUUUGAAAAUUUAAACGAAGCAGGAGAUGUAGAUUGGGGGUUUCAGUGACAGCUAAUUAAGAAAACCAUGAUCCACAGUCCCUAAGAAUUUGAAUUGGUAUCUGCCACGAGGUUGCUUCAACCCUUUUGGGAGAUGAAACCAUCAUUUUUUUCGAAAGUGACUAUUUCCACAAAAUCAUCAGAUGAAAGGAAACAUUCACAAGCAUGUGAGCCAUGAUCUCUCAAAAAGACUACAUCAUCAUUGAGCUGCACCAAAAUGGUAGUGAACCCAUCAUUUAACAUUCAUAUGUGAAAAUAUUCUCAUGAGAGUCAGAUGGCAGUAAUCUUAUAACAUUGAAACGGGGAGUAGACUGGUGCUUUUAAUUUGGAGAAACAUGAGGAUAUUUUACCUGUACUUAGCCCUGGAAAUGCUGCCAUAUGCUCGAGGAUUAUCUAGUAUUGUAAUCUUGUCUUCACAUUUUUUUCUUUGAUACAUAAUGGAGAAUUGGUGCAUUUUUCGUUGAUCUUCAGCAGAAGUAUGAAAUUUUUAUGUCAUUUUAAAAUUUGUUAUCUGUACAUUCAUACACAUGUUUGGAAGGGUAAGUUAAUUUUGUAAUUUUUUUUGUUCCAGGUUUAUCUCUUAACACAAUUGCACAUCCGCUUUAUAAUUUAUGGGUUAUUUAGAAACCUAAUGUUUGAAAUCUUUCGUUCUUUCCAGGUUCUCCAUUUUUCCGGGAUGAUACUAGGUUGCGUGCCCUUCGCUUCCUUGACCAUAUGCUUGUAUGGAUUAUGUUUCUAGUCAGAUCAUUUUGGAAUGGAAAAUAUAUUUUUUUGAAAUGUGACUUAAAACGAAAUAAUUUGAAUUGCUUGCAGGAGCGGGACAACAUGCAGAAAACUGAGUUUCUAAAAGCAUUGUCAGAAAUGUGGAAAGACUUUGACUCUCGGGUCUUAAGAUAUAAGGUAUUUGCCGUUUGCGUCUGAAUAUAUAAUGAUGCAUUUCAUGAUUCCCUGUUGCUCUAAUUUAAUACAGGGUGACCUUUCCUGCUGCACUACAUGUCUGUGUUUUAGGCAUUACGUGAUUUAUUUAUGGUCAUCAGAAUCAUUGCAUUAUUAAAAAUAAUAGGAAUCAGUUGCAUAUUAUAAUGUAUAAUUCACAAUGGAAAGCUUGCUUUUGUUUCUCGUUUUCUGUCUACAUAAUUUCAGUAUAAAUUUGUUAGGUCCUAACGGGGCCUAACAUACUCAAGACGCAGAAAAGAGCCUAAAGAGCCCAAGACAAGUCCCCGUAGAGACUGAAGAGACGAAUCGAACCCUUAAAAGGGGGUUUGGGGUUGGGCUCAUUAACGGCAAUGUAGUCUUUCUCCCUGGCUGAGGAGCCUCUCUUAGAAGAGGCUCUGGAGAGAGGAAGGGGGGAGGUUUUUGGACCGGUCGCAGGAGAGUUAGGGGUUCCUCUCGAUUAGGCUCUGUUCUAGGGUUUGCUAUUCGUUCAUUACUGUUUUAUUGUUCUUUAGCUCUUGCCCUGGUCCUUACUCUUGUUACCGUCAUGGUUGAGUGCUAUGGUUAAGGCCCACAAUCGGGGACCCUAACAGAAUUUCAUUCGUAGAUUUUUGUCUUUGAUGAUGGGAUCCUAUGACUUUCAUUUAUUUGCAAUGUUGUGACCUUCAACUUUUUUGUUGCCAUUUUUUCUUGAGUGUCAUGUUUCAUUUUUCUGUUUUUUGAUUUGUAGUUUUUUUUUAUGUUUCGAGCAGGUUCUUCCUCCUCUUUGUGCAGAGCUCCGUAAUGUUGUUAUGCAGCCGAUGAUUUUACCCAUGGUCCUUACAAUAGCAGAGUCUCAAGUAAGUCUAUAUUCUGGUCUGAAGAUUACUUUAUUGCACUAUCCGUGCUUGUCUUAUUGCUCAUUAUAUAUUUAUUCAUCCAUUUAUCGAAAUCUGCUUCCCUUUAGCGUGAAAGAAUGUUUCACUGUUAUUUGAGGCUUCAUCAUGUACGGAGCAUAAUUUUGAUAUAGUUGGUUUACUGUGAAUUCUUGAUCCAUAGCUGGUUGUUGUGGCACAUGUUCUUGGAUUAACACAUGAAUGUAUGUUCGAAGUAAUUUUAAUCGAAGAUAUUUUAAUAGCUUCAACUAUACGAGUUGACAACAAGUGUUUCCCUGUGUUUUUAAAGCAUAAUUGCUGACACUGGGUAACGAGAUGAUCUAUGCACUCGAGGGUGCAUAUGCUCAUGCCCAAUGCUGAAACUUUAUUAUUUUUCUUUUCUCAGUAACAUUAUAGCUUACUAGGGUAGUUCAAAAAUUUCCUGCUGUGCUUUUUUCCUCAAUGAAAUAUGUUAAUCAAAAAUCAUGUAGUAUUGUCGUUCAUUUUUGGUCAUGAAUUUAUACUUUCCUAGCUGUGUACUUUUGUAUCUGUAAUAUUAACGACAUUCUCAUUUCAAUGAAUAAUGUCCUCUGUAAAGGAUAUUACAUUUCAAGAUUCGAAUUUUGUCACAAGUGACCAACCUAUCUUUCAUUAAUUUCCAUUUUCUUAAAAUUAAUGAUGACCACUCCUUUAGCAUUCCAUCUCCAUUUUCUAUUUUCUUUCUAGUCUCUUUUGACCUAAGUGUUUGGAGCAUCACAAAGACGUAUUCUGAGUCGUUGUUCUCAAUAGCCAUUGGCUAUGUUUCUCAAAAUCUCAGAAAAUACAUUUGUUGUUGACCCGGAUACAUUAUAGAGCUCCAAAAAUUUUAUACAUUGGGCUUGCAUCCAAAUGUCUUUGCAAAAUUUUAAUCUCAUUCCAUUAAUAACCUAAAAGACAGAAGAUAUUAUUAAAAAUUCUGAUAAAUGAAGAAUUUCUUUCCAAAUAGGAGAUACUCUAGGUCUAUGCAUCGGAAAAAGUUUCCAUUUAUUUUUUUAUCAGCCCACGCUGAAUUGCUCUCACCUGGUCUCCAACCAUUUAUAAGAAGAGUCUUGUUGACAAUAUGUACUUUAUCUAACCCUGCCUAUCCUCGUACAAGUCUGCAUGCUCUAUCCUACUUGAUGAUGUGGACACCUUUUGUGUCAGUGGUAGGCCUACUUCAAAAGAAAAUCGAUUAUGAUAGAAGCUUCAAUUUUCUUUAUAGUACACUGAGGCCUCUUGAAUCAACAUCAUCUGCACAGCCAAUAGGGCAAAACACUUUUCGAAAUAAUCCAUCAACCUUUAAUUAAAAGUAACAUUAUUUUCUACCUUUCCAAUGAUGAAGCUGACCUACCUAAGAAUAAGGGGAGACAAGGUUUUCUGAUGGUAACUUAGCCACCUCACUCCCCAAGUUACAUUUUGACUAAUCAUCUCUUCUUGCUGGAUCCCAUCUCCCAUUGCUUCAGUCUUAUUCAACUUUAUGCACAAUCCUGUCCACCAUUUCUAGCAAAAUAACUAGCCGUUCCAAUAGCUGAAUUUCCUAGAUGUUCACUUUUCCGAACAACGUUGUAGGAUAAGCAAAAUUGUAGAUGGUUGAGAUGUAUGAUAUAUCAACCAACUUGGAUUCCUUCGAUCAAUCUUGUGGUGGCAGCUUCUUUCAACAAUGAACUAAUAGUUUGUCCCACAAGAAUAAGAUGAACCGGUGAUAAGAAACCUUAUUGUCAUAAUCCUCUAGAGCUCUUGACAAACUACAAGGUUUGGUAUUGAUGAGAAAAUAAUAUAGAUGUCACUCCCCUAAUUCAGGAUUGAACUACAGACAUUCAGAAAAUAAUAUAGAUGUUAUUUCAGCAGGAAUCAAUAUUACUGACGUCCACAUGCCCGUGGUUUUACCUUAUUAUAAAUGAAGACAUUUUCCUUAAUAGUUUGGAUAGCUAGAAAGUUCUCUCCAUUAUAAUGAUUCUUGAAAUAUGGACAGAUCUUUCUCCGAUAACUUAAUUAUAUCUAUGCUCUUUCGUUAUGGAUAUUGCGAAAGUUGAAAUAUUAUAUUUAGAACUGUGAAUUCUGGAAACUUUUAUAUUGGUGCGUUCAACCAAAUGUGUCAUUGUGAAAUGCAAGCUAACCUCACCUUUCCGUUUGGGUUUUACUUUUUAGGACAAGAAUGAUUUUGAACUGUCAACUUUGCCAGCACUAGUCCCAGUUCUGAGCACUGCAUCCGGUGAAACACUUUUGCUGCUUCUGAAGCAUGCAGAUUUGAUCAUCAACAAGGUGAGGAGAAUAUUCGGCAACCAGUUAGUGACAUUAAGAAAUUACUUAGGUCCCAUGAGAACUUUUGAAGGAGGCAACCUUUAUUGUUUAUUUACGACUUUUUUUAUAGCUCAUUCUUUGCAUCUUAUUUCCUUGGAAAAAUGCACUUGUACGUACAUAUAUAUGCAUAUACGUGUGUAAGCGUGUGUAAAAUAUUUUUUUAGUUAAUGGUACCCGAGCACUUAAUAGAGAUCUGGUUAACAUGCUUAUGUUUAUAUUAUUAUUAUUAUUAUUAUUAUUAUUAUUAUUAUUUGCAUAAUUAAAAAUGUUUAGAAUCCAUACAAGAAUGUCCUGGGAGUUAUUUGCUAUUGCUUCUGAUUGAUGCAAAUAAUUCUUAGGAAAGAGAGCUUUACAUUCAGCAUGUGUCAAGACUAUGAUACACCUAUGUGGUCUAUCGCAGAAUAUAGAAGUCAAACAAAAGUAAAGAGAAUCAUGCCUCACUCUUCAGCUUUCUUCUUUUCACUAGUUCCACCAGGGUUAAGGCUCUUACUCACUUUCUGACGCAGAAUACAGUGAGGGUGUGUUGAAAUUGUUUUGGGUUAUUUCAUGAAGGAGAAAUAAUGAAGAUCAUAUCUUUUGAAAUGUACUCGGGACAACAUUUCGGAAAGUUUUAGUAGGGGAAUAUCCUGUGCUUACUGUUCUCAUUGCUCUAGAUUGGCAUCCAUAGUGUUAUUGGGUAGAAUCUGAACCUAAUUUUUGAACUCGGCGAAGAGAGUUGAAGAUGUCAUAUAUUAGGAUCUGCACAUGAUACGUAAAGCUCCUCGUAAACCGGGUCUGGUUUGAGGUCACCAAUCGCAUCACCUUCCUGAGCCCCAGUCUUUGAAACUUUCUGGGAGAUCAUAGACUGGGAGUUGUACAUAUAGUAUAUCUGAAGUUCUUUUUUUCUUAAUAAACUUCCUCAGUAGCUAUCAUUUGACGCAUCCCCUCAUUCGAGAUUUAACUCUACUCUUAUUAAUGCAAGUCGUAAAGCAAUGUGUAGGAGCAAUAGUGCCUUUAUAUUGCAGUGGCAAUCUUCAUCCAUCGUUCAAUAUACUUUGCAUGAUUGGUCCGGCAUUAAAGAACAUGUUUCUGAUUUUUGGAAUUUCCUCCUUUAGGUGUGCUGACUUGGUCUUCUUUAAUAUGCAUGUUCAAACAGACUAGCCAGGAGAACUUGAUAACAAAUGUUCUUCCUUUGCUUGUUCGUGCUUACGAUGACACUGAUUCUCGUAUGCAAGAAGAGGUUUUACGGAGAACUGUACCUCUUGCGAAGCAACUUGACAUGAAGGUAAAUAACGUUCUCUUUCACAAAUUUUGCAUCUAAGCUUUCCAAGUGAUGACUCCACAUUGUGUUGUGACGGCGCAUUAGGACUGUUGACUUUUAUGAAUUGGUGCAGAUUAUUGAAUACGAUUACAUAGAGCAUUCAAUUGGUCCGCCUUUUUAAUGUUAGCACCUUGGAUCUUGAAGAUUUCUUCCCCUUUGAGAGUAAAGACUUCUGUGUGGAGAAUCUCACGUGGAAAAUUAUCCACCGGGGUACCUUUUUUGAUAAAAGCAAUUGGUUUUCAGUCUUCAGAAGGAGGAAUAGGAAUCAAAAGUUUCUGAACUUGAUCGAUCCAGUUUGCCAGAGAUGAGAUCAGCACUGGUCCCAUGAAGUGGAUAUGAGGAUACAAUAGCUCAUUCUUCAUGCAAUAUCGGACAAAUUGUACGAAGAAGUAGGUGCAUGCUUUCAACAAAAGGGUCAUAUUUCUAGGGCUGUUAUUUGGGCAUUCGUCUAGAUAAGCUGGUGGGUUAGAUUUUUCUAUGAGAAUGUAGAUUCAUUAAUUAUUUGGAGAGCCUACGUGGUUCAGUUCAAUCUGUGCAUCCUGCUUGCUUUUAGUUUUUCCUCAGUCAUACAUUCUCUCUUUUGCCUUAUCUAAAGAUUAUGUCAUACAUCUUGCGGUAUUGAAGAUACUAACUCCAUUUCUCCUUUUUAUACAAUGCGCAGCUAGUGAAACAAGCUAUUUUGCCUCGUGUGCAUGGAUUAGCCCUCAGAACCACAGUUGCUGCAGUAAGUGGAGCUCUGCUUUCCUUUUUUGAUCCUCAUCCCUUUGUGAUUACUUCUACCAUGUUCACGUCCCUUGUCUCACGUAUUGUCUGCUGAAAAUUGUGUUUUAUUCUUUACUUUGCCUACCAUUAGACACUCGUGUUCUAUUUGACUUUUGAUUCAGAAAUUAUUAGGGGACAUUCUCCAAUCGAUUACCCUAAUGUGGUAGUAAACUUGUUUUGGCAAAGUUGUGUGCUACAUUGUUAUCAACGAUGUUCUAGCUGGCAUGUAAAAAAAAAUUCCAUGCAGUAGUUGUCUUCUCGCUUCAGAACUCUUUUUUUAUCAUGUCAGCAGUAAUUGUCUCAAUCCUAUUUUCUGUUUCAUUCAAAGACCCAGUAAUUUAGAAAAACACAGUAUUCUUGUUGAAACCACCACUGCCUUGAGUGUGAUCUGUUCUAGUCCACACCUUCAAAUAUUCUGUUAAUUCGUGUACAGGUGCGGGUGAAUUCUCUCCGUUGUCUGGGGGAUUUGGUCUCCUCUCUCGACAAACAAGCUGCUUUGGACAUCCUGCAAACCCUGCAGCGUUGCACCGCCGUUGACCACUCUGCGCCUACCCUUAUGUGCACCCUGGGAGUUGCCAACUCCAUCUUAAAGCAGGUAACUCAUCCUGCAAAUCAUAUUGGUAUAAACAUGUUGUUCUUCCGUGUAGUUCUUUUGAAAGAUUAUUGAUUUUAAUAAUUGCAGCAAAUGAUUAUUAUCCCCUUGUUUUAUUUGUGCAGUAUGGCGUAGACUUUGCUGCGGAGCAUUUGCUUCCUCUUCUCUCUCCAUUACUCGUAGCCCAGCAGCUGAACAUUCAGCAGUUCGGAAAAUACAUGCUUUUUGUGAGGGAUAUUCUUAGGUACCGACAUCUAUUCAAAUUUUUUCUUCAUUUAGGUGGCUGGUUCCUGUUCUUCCCAUCUUAUGUGAUCGGAUAUUGCUAUCCAUUUUUGAACUCUCCGAUGACAGAAUGAUCGAACAAAAACGAGGCGUGACAGUGACCGACGUUGGAAAUUCUGAAGUCAAAAUCAUGGCGUCUGUGAACAAUGGCCUCGGCCCAGAGGCACCUCAGACAGCACAUGGAGCUGUCCCGUCAGCCAAGACAGCAUCCUCAUCCUGGGACGAAGACUGGGGCCCGGUAUCUAAGAGAACAGCUAGCUCUUCCCCACCACUGGAGACCUCGCAAUCUGCCGCCACUGUGAGACCUCUGCCGCCAUCUGCGCCGCCGCCCAGCCAACCAGCCACCUCUUCAUGCGCGCCGGUUGACAUCGAGUGGCCACCGCAGAGUUCUUCCAUGGGCUUUGGCUCUCAGACGGGAAGAAAUAGUAAUCAGAACCAGAGCACGGAAGGUAUUUCUGUCGGCAAUUUUGAUGACAUUGACCCCUUUGCAGAUUGGCCCCCCCGCCCAGGGAAUGCCAGCGGCGGUGCCGCCACUGUGGCGGCGAAGCCCCCGCAGACCAAUGGGAGCUCUGUCUUGAACACAACCAGCUUAAGCUUCUUCAGCAGCAACACUCCCAUGGAUCUGCAGAGACCACAUCAAACCUACUCCAUGUCAAGCAUGAACAAUCCAAGUCUUGGGGCCCCACCUGUGGCAAGCUUGAAUGGAUUCCCCACUCAGUCGGGUGGAGCAUCCGGCUAUAGAAAAGACAUCGGCUCAAUAUUUUCUUCUUCCAGCAAUGAUCAAGCCACGCCAAGAAUUGCUCCACCUCCGUUGACCGCGGUCGGGAGAGGCCGAGGCAGGAACCCGGGCCGCCUCAUGCCGCCAGUCUCACGGCCCGGUCAAUCGAACACCCAAUUGGCGCAGCCGCCACUCUUGGAUUUGCUGUGA